AAUCUUCAAAACUGUAGUUGCACUCAAAUUCACAUUCCUUUUGCAGUUCACACAUCAUCCACAAUUUACUGCGCGUUCUGGUGCUUUCGAAGCCCUCUGCUCUGUGUACUAAACAUGGGUUCCAUCAAGAUCGAAGAGGUCGAAGGAGAGCAAGUUGGGACCACCGAUUACUUCUUCGUGAAAAUAGGAGAGAGUGUUCCAUUGAAGGACAAUGACACCAAUUUCGACGUUGAAACGCUUCCUUCGCAGCCUCUCGCAGUCUCUGAACGCUUUCGUCUCACUUUUGUAGCUCAUUCUUCAGGUUUUUUUGUUGCGAAGACGAAGGACCUUAUUGAUUCGGCUAAUGAAUUUAAGGACAAGGGAAGUGGCUCUCCGGUGCAGCAACUGAGUCUUGUAGAUGUUUCUGUUGGGAUGGUUCGCAUCUUGGCUCUUUCAACUGACAAUUCAAUGCUCGCGGCUUCGGGCUCCAGUGACAUUCGAUUUUAUUCUGUUGAGAACUUUCUCAGUAAGGAAGUGAAGCAAUCCUUUUCUUGUUCAAUCAAUGACUCAACAUUUGUCAAGGACAUGCGAUGGAUAACAACAUCAAAAAGUUGUUAUGUAGUUCUUUCAAGUAUUGGGAAAUUAUAUUUUGGAGAAGUUGGUUCUCCCCUUAAACAUGUAAUGGAUCUUGUUGAUGCAGUUGAUUGGGGUUUGAAAGGUUCAUUUGUUGCUGUGGCAAGUAAGAGUGUUCUAAGCAUUUUAUCUGCUGAGUUUGAAGAAAGAGUUUCAAUUUCACUAUCCUUCAGAUCAUGGAUUGGUGACUCUGCUGCAAAUUGUAGCAUAAAAGUGGAUUCUGUCAAGUGCGUUCGACCUGAUUCCAUUGUAAUUGGAUGCAUUCAACUUAAUGAAGAUGGCAAGGAGGAAAAUUAUCUUAUUCAAGUUAUUCGAUGCCGGCUUGGUGAAUUUAAUGACGGUUGUUCUGAAUUCGUUGUGCAGUCCUUCAAUGAUAUUUAUCAAGGACUAAUUGAUGAUAUUGUACCCUUUGGUAGUGGACCGUACCUUUUAUUGACGUACCUAAAACAAUGCCAGCUUGUAAUCAAUGCCAACACGAAGAAUACAGAUCAGCAUAUAAUGCUGCUUGGUUGGUCAGCAGAUGAUGAUAAGGGUGAAGCUGCAGUUAUUGAUAUUGAGCGAGAUAAUUGGGUUCCAAGAAUUGAACUCCAAGAAAAUGGCGAUGAUAAUUUGCUCUUGGGGCUGUGCAUUGAUAAUGUUUCAAUUUAUCAAAAAGUUGGAGUUCAACUUGGUGUGGAGGAGAGGACUGAGCUCUCACCAUAUUGUGUUCUUAUAUGCCUUACAUUAGAAGGAAAACUUAUCAUGUUCCAUAUUGCCAGUCUUGCAGGAAGUAAAGCUUCCCCUGAAAUUGAUUCUGCUCUGCACAAUGAAGAUACUUCUGCAAAGCUUCCUGAAGAGGAAGGUUCCACUUUUUCUCUGGGAUUGCAGAAUGAGGAAACAGAUAAGGCUUUUGAGGUUAGUGGGAAUCUGUUGGUCAUGCCUGUUGGCAAUCCUGUUCAAAUAACAAAUACUGACGAUGUUACUAAGUGCCCAGAAGUGGCAUUAAUGGAAAAUUCACAGAGUCUGAAGUCAAGUGUACAGCAAAUUGUUCCUGAUGUAGAUGCAAACCAAAAUACUGAUAAUCAAAUUCAACGUCGUCCAGGUGAACAGCAUAAAAACAUAGGUCAAAAGACUGCAGCACUUGGAACUGCUAUUGGUUCCUUAACAGUAAACAGUCAUUCUUCUGCUCCUGGUUUGUCAAGUUAUAACAAUUUACAAGCAACUACUGAGAAGACUAGGGAGCUGUGGACUGCAAAUAGUUCAAGGGACUCACAGAGAGCUUCUAAUUUAUUGCUUGGUGAAACAUUUUCAUUCCCGAAAAAGUCUGAUGUUUCUUCAUUUUCAGCUUCAAGUUACACUGAUGGUGUUGGUUAUCAAAGUCAAAAUUACUCUAUCAGUGCUAAAAAUAUUCCCGGGAGCAUGGGUGGAAAAUCCUUUCUUGUACAGGAUGUGAAUGGUGCAUCUCCUGCCAUGAAUUCUGCUAGUAGGCCUGUUCAGAGUGAGGGACAACUAACUUCCAUAGUAGCUGGAAAUAUUCAACCAGUCAUGGAUAGCAGUUCACAUUCGUCAUCUAGUGGAAAUACUAAAGCUGGAAAGUCAUUUUUUCUGAAGUUUCAUUCUUUGAAUGAGCCACAUGGAACUUCAGCCAAGCUUGGGAUAGCAAGUUCUGAUUUAUCAAAGCAAUUUGGCAAUAUUAACGAGAUGACUAAAGAAUUGGACCUACUUUUGACAUCAAUAGAAGAGGCUGGUGGCUUUAGAGAUGCUUGUACAAGGUCACUACGAAGUUCAAUCGAAGCUGUGGAGCAACGCAUGGACACACUGUCUAAAAAAACCAAAAUAUUGACGUGCCGAGUGGAUGAACAUCAAGAGGAAGUUCGUUAUCUUCUUAAUCAGACAAUACGAGUUAUGGCAAGAAAAAUAUACAUGGAAGGCAUAUACAAACAAGCUUCUGAUAGCCGAUAUUGGGACCUAUGGAACAGGCAAAAGUUGAAUUCAGAACUUGAGCUAAAGCGACAUCAUAUAUUGAGCCUGAAUCAGGAUUUAACCUAUCAGUUGAUUGAAUUGGAGAGGCAUUUCAACGCCCUUGAACUGAAUAAAUUCAGUCAAUAUGGUGGCCGAUGCAUUGGUCAUGUACCUGUCCAAAAUAGAUUUGGACCUUCAAGAUACAUCCAGUCGUUGCAUAGCUUAUAUAAUUCGAUCAGCUCACAACUUGUAGCUGCAGAAAAUCUCUCUGAGUGCCUUUCAAAACAAAUGGCAGCAUUAAGUUUGAGGUCUCAAACUGAGGAACGGAAGAAUGUGAGGGAGCUAUUUGAAACAAUUGGAAUUCCAUAUGAUGCUUCUUUCGGUUCUCCAGACAUGAAAGGUUUUAUGAAGACUCCUCCCAGUAAGAAGACCUUGUUUUCUGAUUUGACUACCAAUAAAAAUCAACCUAGGAGAAUUCAAGCCAGUGCAAUGAAGAGUUGUGAACCAGAAAUGGCCAGGAGGAGGAGAGACUCACUUGACCAGAGUUUGACCUGUUUUGAACCUCCCAAGACCAUCGUUAAAAGGAUGCUGCUGCAAGAACGCCAGAAACCAAAUUGGAAUGAAUCAUCCUUUUCGAUAAAUAAAGGAAAGAAACUUUCCAUGUUGGAGGAAUCUGCUCCUCAUCAAAUUGUCUUCCCUGCUUCUAAAACGAAAGCAAGCAUUCUGGAUUCUCAUAUUCAACUUGAAAAGGUGUCAGAACACUCAAAGGCAUAUAUACCAGCUGACAACCUCCAAGUACCCACUCAAGUUUCAGUGUCUAAGUCUAGUGUUUUGCAAAACAGCAAUGUUUUAUCUAUUCCUUCACAGCCUGGAUUCCAGUUGUCACCUACAAUGGUGCAUGGUCAUUCCACAGAAACUAAAGAUUUAGCUGCUGAAAAAUCGAGUCCUGUUCAAAAGUUUGAUUUAAUCUCAAAUAGUGAAAAUAAGUCUAUUCUGCAUGCGAAAAUGCCUCAAAAUUCCUCAAUCUCUACCUAUUCAACCACAGAAACACCUUCAAUGCUGAUUAAAUCUAGUGAAAUGCCCAUUACAAAUAGUAAAAUGACUAUGGCAACAAGUUCCACGACGAGAGACAAACUUUCAAGUGCAUUUACUCCCCAGUCUUGGAGAAAAGACUUCCCAUCCUCUGAGUCACACUCAUCCACUAUUUCUGCACCUUCAACAUUGUUUGGAAAAGUUAAUAAUGAGUUCCAUGUUGAGAAAAGCUGGGCUGAUGUAAAUAUUCCAGCAGUGCCUGCAUUUGGUGGUUCAUUUAAAUCUCUGUCAUCUCCAGCUAUUAAAUCAUCAUCUUCUCCAUUGUCAUCGGCUGUCUCAUUUGCAGCAGUGCCUCCAGUAGCAGUGUCAGUGACAUCAAGCAGUUAUUUGACUACUUCAAACACCAGUACAGAUUCUAAUCACGUCAUGUCAUCAUCUUUAUCGUCAGCUUCUCUUCACAUAUCCAAUCAGGCACCUAAAGACACAGUGUCCUCGUUACGUAACCCACUUGCCUUGAAGUCAACCUUAGAGUCACUUAAAUCAGAGAUUCAACCAGCUGCUGUGUCUAAUUCAAAGACUGAUUCAGAUGCUGCUGCAGAAGCAGUCACUCAGCUAAAUGAAUCUCUAAAUGGUGCAUCUGAACUGAAGCUUGGACCUUCUAGAAAAUUUGGUCCUACUAACGAACAAUCUUCCAACAAUAUAACAAGUUCUGAUCUCAAUGUCUCAGUUUCUCAAUCAGAACAGCCUUGUGAUGCACCUCUGCAGCUUUCAACUUCUUUCCUUCCUUCUGCUAGUGUAUCAAGUGGGAAAAAUGAGAGUUUGGAUGUUGGAAUCUCCUAUGAGGAUGAGAUGGAGGAAGAAGCUCCCGAGACAAGUAACACCACUGAACUUAGUUUGGGAAGCCUUGGUGGGUUUGGGAUUGGCUCAAGCCCUAACCCAUCAAUGCCUAAACCAAAUCCAUUUGGGGUUUCACCUAAUAAUGUAGCUACAAGUUUAUCAAAUUCAGCAGUUACAUUCUCUGUUCCUAGUGGAGAGUUGUUUCGACCAGCAUCUUUUACCUUCCCAAGCCCCCAGCCAUCAUCCCCAAUCCACUCAACAAAUUCAGGUGCAUUCUCUGGUGGCUUUAAUGCUGUGGCAGCUGUCCCCACACAAGCUCCUAGUGGAUUUGGGCAGCCAGCACAAAUUGGAUCAGGGCAACAGGUUCUUGGAUCUGUUCUCGGUGGUUUUGGACAAUCAAGACAGCUUGGUAGUGGUCUACCUGGGAGUGGUUUUGCUGCUACUGGUGGUUUUGGUGGUGGAUUUGCUAGCAGUAGUUCUACUAGUGGCUUUUCAAAUGCUGCUAUUGGUGGAGGAUUUGCUGGCAUAGCUUCAACAGGUGGAGGCUUUGCUGGUGUUUCGUCCACUGGUAGUGGAUUUUCUGGAAUUGGUUCUGUUGGUGGGUUUGCUGGCGCUGGCGCUGGCACUGGCACUGGUGUCGGUUUUGCUGCUGUUUCUUCUACUGGUGGAUUUGCUGGAGCUGGUUCGGGUGGUGGGUUUGGAGCAUUUAGUAGCCAAGGUAGUGGUGGUUUUGGUGCUUUUAGUGCAGUUGGAAGCAGUAAACCACCUGAGCUGUUCACACAGAUGAGAAAGUAGUUGCGUUUAUAUUGUGAUGCUCCAUAAAGAAAUUACGCCUGUACUUGUGGAAAAGAAACGGGAUAAUUUUAUAAUGUAGAAUUUUAUUUUAUCCUGAACAAUUCCGUGUUCCAACUUUUCCUGAGAGAGGCAUGAAAUUCGUAGUCAUGGUUAUGGAUGUGUUCUAUUUUGAAAUGACCGCUAAAAAAGCUGGUUUUAAAAAACUUUAGGAACGAUAAAUUGUUACCACCACUAUUUAAGUGGUUAAUGCAUACUAAAUUUGUGAUU